GCUAGUGUGAAUACUGUAGAUGAUCGCUUUCGUGAAGAAUAUUUGGAUACAAAGCGAAGGUCUUAUGUCCUACUUAAUAAUAUCAGGCAUGGUACUGGGUCCUAGAGUCCUGCAUUUGUUUUUUAUUCAUUCAUUUUCCGGGUAGGGGAUUCUGACGACUCUAGUCCUGGCCUGCCAUGUCUGCUGUGCUUUCAGGAAGUCGUCUUGUCUAAGAUGUGACCCUGUACUUCCUCCAUCUUUCCACUCAGAAUCUCUCUUAGUCCGUGGCGCCCUUAGUUUGACAUCCGUGCUGCAUUAGUGUACUGACAUGUAAUGUCUUAUUCAAUAUUCGACACAGAAAGUCUUUGCAUUCAUCUUGCGGUGGAAAUAUAAUUUUCCACUCAUUGUGUUCUACAAGAAAUCUUUCUGAACAUAUGGGGCAUGAGAUAUAAUUUCAGAUCAUUGACAAAAUAUCACGUUUCUUUGCAAUCCAUUCACUAGAUCAAGUCAGAUUGGCUAUGAUGGUUGUGCUGUACGAAUGGAAGAACUCAUUUGAUGCUACGAGAUAUUACAUUUAUUCGUUUUUUUAAUGAAGCCUUGUUUUGUAGGAAGUUUAAGCGACUGUGGAUGCACAAUGUAUGAUGAUGAACAAAUAGAUCAUUACGUUUCAUUUUGAAAAAAAAAUUGUUAUGCGUCAAUAACGUAACCUUGUAUUAGCUGUAUCAGCAUUCAGCUGUGUAUGGUUGUAUGAAUACCAACAAUGGAUGCUGAAUAUUGCAUUGAGUGCAAUUAGAUAACAUUCAAGAGCAUGUGUAGGAAGUGCAUUAGCUUACCGAUGUACGUAAUGGACUUUUACGCUGCCACUUUUAGUUUGAAGUGUCCUUCAGUAUGAGGGGAGUGAACGAAGGCUGCUGCAGGAGAUGCCAGUCCCGUGUGUAUUAACUGCGUGAUACACUCACGAAGCUAUCAGUGGCUCUCAUCAAACGGAUUUUAACCGUGAAGGAUUGAAGGUCCGUGAAGUGUCUUUUCUUCUUUCAUCUGAAGUCUGGUCAUCGUGGCAAACAUGGCAGAACAAGCGAUGGGUUUUUCUGCAAACAUGCAUCACAUGUAUCGCGACCUAUCGGUGAGUUCACUGUCCCGUGGUCUUCAGACAGCAUAUCUCGUCAUCAGCCUAGUGGUGUCUCUGGGAUGCAGCUCCCUGCUUGUCUUCUUAGUCUGGAAGAAAGUAUAUCUACGUAAACCUCGGCACUUCCUUCGGUCUAAUCUGGCAGUAGACGACAUGGUAUUCGUUGCCUGCUUGAUUCCCCUGGAGAUAUGUUUACUGUUCAGUCAGGACAGUAGGAACGACCAUCUCUUCUGUUGGCUCCAGCUGAUGGUUGCCUACCCCACGACAGCAUCUAUGUUUGGCACGUACCUCAUGAUGGCAUUGGAACUGUAUUAUUUCAUCUGCAAACCGUUGCACUACCGCGCAAAAGUCACCACAAAACGCGUCAUCAUUGGCAUAUUCGCAGUGAGGACAUUUGCCCUGGUUUUCGGGGUUGGACCCGAGCUUCUCGAACGACUUCAGAACUCCAGUGACACCCUACGUUGUACUCCAGAGCCGAUAGGUAGCACUUCUGUAGCGGCCAUCUUCCUGAGCAUCAUCCAAGCUGGGAUAGUGCUUUCCGUCCUCGUGAUCUUCAUACUGUAUAGCUUUAUCUUCAAGGAAGCCAGGAAACAGCAGCAGAGAGACGAACAUCGCAACCUGUGGCUCUGCCAGACCAAGGCAUUUAAUGUAAUGGCGCCCCACAUCACUGUUCUAGCCGUGUCUGUGGCAUCUUUAAUAGUUAUGGUUGUCUCUAUUCGGGCUUUCUUUACCCAAAACAAAAAAGCAUCAGACUCGCUACUCAUUACUGUGAAAGUAUCCAAAUUGUUAUACCAGACCGUAUCAUCCAUGGUCAACCCCAUCGUCUACAGCUUCAGGCAGCCAGAGUUCCGGCGAGCUCUGAGGGAGCUGUUUGGCCGACCCGCCAAUGCGCCUGUGGCCAUGGCUCCAGCCCCCAUACAACGAACACAGGAUAUACAAAUGCCCAUCUCUAGUGUCAAUGAUCCCGGUCAAUGGGUAUCAGACCAAGACUCCACAUCAGCACCACCUCCUUCAGAUGAAAGCGGACAGCAUGGAGAAGAGCCACCUCCCAGCCCAUCCCAAACGCAGAUCAAACUUACAGAGACAAACGUCCAGCAUACACAACCUUCCACAUGUCCCAGACAAAGACCCGGUCGAACUUCUACUCCAUCCAGAACACAACAAUCACGGCCAACACUGAAAGAAAAGCAAUCAGAGCAAACAGUUUUUCCUGAACACUGCGGCCAACGGGCGGUAUUCAUUGUACAAGCCGAUUUACACCCCAGUCCACCAUCGCCUCCUGAGUGUAGCGAUCCACACAAAUACGGGAUGUCCAAUGGGUCCACGCCAUCAUCAGAGGUUAGGAUGUCCAAUGGGUUCACGCCAUCAUCAGAGGUUAGGAUGUCCAAUGGGUCCACGCCAUCAUCAGAAGUUAGGAUGUCCAAUGGGUUCACGCCAUCAUCAGAGGUUAGGAUGUCCAAUGGGUUCACGCCAUCAUCAGAGGUUAGGAUGUCCAAUGGGUCCACGCCAUCAUCAGAGGUUAGGAUGUCCAAUGUGUCCACGCCAUCAUCAGAAGUUAGGAUGUCCAAUGGGUCCACGCCAUCAUCAGAGGUUAGGAUGUCCAAUCGAUCCACGCCAUCGACAGAGAUUAGGACGGAUGUGGAUGCCAUCAGCCUCUCUGACGAUCAGGUCACAACUAAGAAUCCAAAGCAGCAGCUAAAAUCAGCGUGGCUUGAGAACAAUUAUAUUGAGAUAAUUUAUCAACUCUGACAAAGUAGAAAGUAUUAAUCUGUUGCUGUGUAACUUCGCGACAUCACAACAGGACUCUUCACAAGCUAUAUGCAGUCACAAAUGAUACUGAACAAUUUCGUUUCCUCUUAACAACAUUGGGACUGAGAUUCAAAAUGGAAUGACUACUGGACAUCCAGGUAGGAAAUCACAUUCUAACUCUGCUUUUUGUCAGUAGAAAACAACUUUUACUUCCAAAACAUUUUAUGACAUGACAUGUGCAAAUGGUGCAGACAAAAUAGAGGGGGUGAUGCCAGCAUUGAAGACCAGUUGGAAACCAUUUUAAGAAGCCAUUUAUUUGAUAUCACAAUCACAUGUAUAACAAUUUGCGUAUGUAACCAUAUCGAGAGAGAAAUGACCAUGCUUGUAUGUACGUGUUUUAAGGUAGCUAAACAAGUAUACCUAGGGGCAUUUUUCGUAGUACAGAAAAUGAUAGCCAUUUAGGAGGUACAAUGUCACGUGCAUUUGCAUACCAACUGCUUUCUUCCGUAAUCGACAUACGGAUAUUUUUCAUGAAACAAAAUGUAUACGGUGCUUCAUACCUGUAAAUAUUGUACAUGCAUGUAAAACAGGAGUACAUGAUUGUAAUACAGUCUAGGGAAAAACAUGUAAAUACAUAUUCAGCGCUUCUGGCACAUGGUUAAUACAUGUAACGUUAAAGUAUCACAAUACUAGUACGCAAGAGUAUUUUGUCUAUCAAAGACGGACAGGUCUUAUAGAGAAAUUUCCUUCACCAAACAUUGAAUAUCUAAUCAGAAAUGUGUAAUAAAAAGUUGCUUGUCUUGAGCAUGUGAUUCUAAAUACGAACGCAUAAAUUGGUAAGAAAGUUGCUGUUUACUCGAUGAGAAGGUUAGCGAGGGUCAUUUGUGUCUAACUAGGCCAACCCGUGCACAGCACUCGCUAUCGCAGCACGGGUAUGGGAAGAAGGUGGCGUCUUGCGUGGGUUGUUUGCGCCUCCUGCUUUUCUGCAUAUAUCAUCCCAGAAGGUCUCGUGUUAUUCCACCACAGCAUGUAAGUCCAAGUAGCACUACACAGUAAUAAGGUCGUCACCUUUUAUGAAUUAUUUUAGCUAAGCCUUGCGUGCAGAGUGCAGACAUGAGGCUCAAACACAUGAGCACUCGAUAUAAGUUCCAUUCCAUGAAAAAUUUUGAUUAUGUGAUUGCACACAGAUCCGCCCACGUGCAAUUAUUUUUCAUGUAGUGACUGUUAAUAACAUAGUGGAGUGCACGAAAAAUACGUGUUAUGUCACUAAUGUCAGGUGUACCCUUGAGUUGAAUAUCGGACAGAAUUCGUGUUUUAUAUUAUAGAAUAAUAUAAUUUGUAGUGGAGGGGAUUUAUGGCUUGUGGGCGCAACUGGGAACGU